GGGCAUGGUUUAGACUGGGAGGCAUUUAAGAAGAGCGAUGGAUUGAUUUGUUGCGAGCGAUAGAUUGUUUCGUUGGCUGUUCCUUGUGUGUGCGCUUGGAAAAAGAGAUCCCGAGAGAGACUGAGCGAAUCAUCGGCAUUAUUUGGUUCGCAGAAUCGCAGUAGCAAGGAAAGUGUGUGGGUGUGUUGCUUUGUUGGGGCUUUUGCGGUCGAUCUCUCUCUCUCUCUCUCUCCAAGAACCAUCGAUCCUGCGAAGGCAAGAACGAAGAAGCCCUUGCGUUGUUCUUGCGGGGUGGAGCAGCAGAUCACCAGCAGACAGUGAUUGGCAUUUGAUAUUGCGAGCGAAAUUUCGUGGCUUUCCUGUUGGUUGUUCUUGUCCCUUGGAGGGUUUUGUUUUUGGGGUUUUGGAUGCUUGCGAGAGGUGGCAUGUAAUGCGCAAGCCCGCAUCGUGGGAAUAAUAAAAACCGGGCGCGAGAGUGAGAGCGAGUCGGGAUUGACAAGGAAAGCGGAGCAAGCAGCGCGACAAAUCUUGAGCAGUUUGUGAUGUUCACCGCCCGCAGCAGAAAGCAGACGCAGGAGCAGAUGCAGGUGCAGGCGCAGGCGCAGGAGGGAGCAGAACGCAGAAUGCAGAGCGUUUUCGCGUUUUUCUCAUUCUCUCUCUUUGUUUCCCCUGUCUGGCUUUUAGCCUAGUUCCCGUUUUGCUUGUCCGAGCAUCCGAUCUGCUGCGCAAGGAUCGUAUCGAUCCAUCGGUUGGUCCAAAUCCCGCAAAUCCUCUGAUCGAUCGAUGGGUCGCUCCAAAGUUCUCAUUUGAAGGCUUCCACCAUCGAAUGGAUAGUUUAGCUCCCCUCUGCUAGAUAUAGAUCUUCCCUCCAUCUCUUUGGGACUCUUCGAAGAUAUGGCGAUGGCGGCGACCAUGGCUACGCAUCAUGAGCAGUACCACCAGAUUGUUCUUGCGAAGAAUGGCAUGAUCGACAAGAAUCACCACCACCCAAGCGGUGGCAGCCCCGUGAAGAAGCUCGAGAAUGGAUGGCAGGAGGCACUCAUCACCGAGUACUUUGAGAAUGGCGGCGCCACCAUCUACAUUCCUCGCAUCAUCAAUGGCUGGCUCGACCAGGAGCACCACUCCAUCGGCAGCGCCACCAAGAAGAAUCACCACCACCUCCAGCAGCACCAGCGCGGCAAGGUCUGUGUGCUUAGCAUCGAUGGCGGGGGGAUGCGCGGGAUCAUCCCCGCCAAGCUCCUCGCGCAUCUGGAGCGCCUCCUGCAGCUCAAGACGGGCGAUUCCUCGGCGCGAAUCGUGGAUUUCUUCGACAUCGUGGCGGGAUCCAAUGUGGGCGGGAUGAUUGGGACGAUGCUCUUCACCGGCAAAGGGGGCAGCGAUUCCAAUCGCCCGCUCUUCUCCGCCGAGGAGGCCUGGAGCAUCAUCGCGCACAAGGGGAGAUCCAUUUUCAAGCGCCGGAUCGAGGAGCUCAAGGCGCCGUCGCAUCCGGCUCCCAAGAGGGGAUUCCUCCGGAAGCUCUUCUCCAGGAGGAAGAAGAACCCGGCGGCGGCGGCGGCGACGAGCACCGUCCCUGGGGCGACACCGCGCGGUACCGCCGGCUGCACGGGUCCCAAGUUCUCCACCGACGGCCUCGAUGCCGUGCUGCGCGACAUGUUGGGCGACCGUACACUGCGCGACACGCUCAAGCCCGUACUAGUCCCGUGCUACGACCUGGCCACGUCAGCUCCCUUCCUCUUCUCCCGCGCGGGAGCGCUCGAGUCCGCGGCAUGGGACUUCCGGCUCUCUGACGUGUGCCGCGCGGCAUCCGCGACGCCGGGUCUCUUCCCUCCGGCGGCCGUGGCGUCGGUCGACGGCACGACGCGCUGUACCGCGGUGGACGCCGGCAUGGUAAUGAACAACCCGGCAGCGGCGGCCAUGACGCACGUCCUCCACAACGGCGAGGAGUUUCCCGCGGUACGUGACGCCGGCGACGUGCUGCUACUGUCACUGGGCAGCGGUGUGUUUGAGCGGCGGUACGACAAGGGAGUGGCCGACUGGGGGCCGUGCCAAUGGGCCAGGCCGGCGGCGGAGAUAGUUUUGGACAACGUGUCGGACAUGGUGGAUCAAAUGCUAGCCAUGGCGUACGCGUCCUCGGCUGGUCGAGAAAACUACCUUCGUCUCCAAACUGUGAUGCCGGCCUCGGGGUAUCCAGCCGAAUCCGACGAUCCGAGCGAUAGUAAUAUCAAAAGAUUGGCUUCCGUGGCGGAUGAGCUUCUCGAGCAAAAGGCGAUGGAGCAUAUGGGAUUUGGAGGGAUGAGAGCUUUGCAGCAAACCAAUGCCGAGCGGCUGGAUUGGUUUGCAGAGCAGCUCAUCCAAGAGCAGCGAGCGCGAGCUCUGCGAUCUUCACCCACAGUUUUGCUCAAGAAGCCAAAGCCUCACUGAUCGAUCGGAAAGUGUUUCAGUUAUUCAAAGUUCUUCAUGAAUUCCCUGUAGAUAAGGUUUUUACAAGUGGAAGGAGAAGUUAUGCUAUCAACGUAGCUACAUAGAAGAUGAUCUAUCUUUCUAUCUAGUCUUCUGUUAAAUGCAAAACUUUGAUCGCUUA